AUGGCGACAGAAGAAAGCCCUCUCCUUCCGCGGCAGGAGGCACGCGUGCAGCCGAAAUUUGUGGCUGGAAUACUUUCUACUUGGAUCGCCACUUUUCUGGCCGCCGCGGAUACGACCAUCACCGCAACACUCUCGUCCACGAUCGCAGAUGAGUUCAACUCUUUGGCGAUCAUCUCAUGGCUUGGAACUGGAUAUCUCAUUGGCCUCACAGUCACUCAACCCCUCAGUGGGAAGUUGAGCGACAUUUUUGGCCGGCGAGCCAGCUUUUGCUUCGCGGCUUGCAUGUUCAUGAUAGGGAAUGCCAUAUGUGGCUUCGCGCGCUCAAAGGCUGUUCUUAUCAUGGCCCGAGUGGUCGCUGGUAUUGGAGGAGGGGGCUGCAUUUCUAUCGCUACAUUUAUUGUAUCGGACAACAUUCCUCUCAAGCGCCGUGGUACAUGGCAAGGCAUGUCUACGGUGGUAUUUACGAUGGGAAUAGGUCUAGGCGGAGUGAUUGGAGGCGCUGUCAAUGAUGCCUUUGGCUGGCGAUGGGCGUUUCUUGGAAUUGCCCCGAUCCCCAUUAUCUCUUGCGUUUUGGUGGCCAUUUUUGUCCCGAACCAUGCGGAUAGAAACCAGGGCCUGCUCCAGAUGCUCAGCCGUGUUGAUUUUGCCGGCGCUAUCACCCUUGUCGCAUCCCUGGUAUCACUUUUGCUCGGGUUGAACCACGAGGGUGAUCAAAUUCUCACUCUUCGUUUUAUAGUUCUCAUUUCUCUCGGAGCCACCCUUUUCGGGAUAUUUGUUCUCAUUGAAUGGCGCUGGGCCAAGGAGCCUAUCAUUCCUCUGUCGCUCUUCCGUCGACGCAGCGUCGUUGCCACAUGUCUCACGGUUUGGUUCCUUGCCUCGUCGUUCUACAUUCUUUUAUAUUACGUGCCGCUAUAUAUGCGGUCCCUGGGCCAUUCCCCUAGCGAGGUCGGUUUCCGGCUUUUGCCCUACCCUAUCGCGUCCGGAGCAGGUUCAUGCCUGAUCGGUCUCAUUAUUCGGAUGACUGGCAAAUACGGCGUCUUCAUGUACAUCACGCCGUUGUUUAUGAUCAUUGCGACGAUCGGAUUUUCGUUAACUAAGGAAAGCACACCUUGGAUUCUACCAGAGCUGUAUCUCGUGUGUCAGGGGAUCGGCGUCGGUGGAGGACUGACUACGUUGCUUCUUGCAAUGCUGCAUUCUGUUUCGCACGACUCGCAUGCCACUGCUACCUCCGCCCUGUAUGCCUUUCGCUCGGUUGGUGCGACCGUAGGGUUGUCUGUUGCGGGUGCCGUAUUCAAAGGCCGGCUUAAACGGUUUGAAAAUAAGAAUGGAUUUAGCUGUAAGUUGACAGAUGCUUGCUAUCUGAACGCUCUUCAUGGAGCAUUUUGGUUGGCGUUGGGAUUUGCAUGUACGGCUUUACUUUGUGGGUUCUCGAUCGAACUCAGCCCCAGAGAGAAAGACGAUGAGGAGGAUGAGAGAAAUAGUUAG